ACAAGUGCAUUGCGUUAACAUAAGCUAGCUUCGCCUGGGGUUUGCCCAAAAUUAGUCAUAGGUAUUUGAAAGUAUAAUAUGAGUUCAAAAACUAGCAAUGGAAAUGGCUUAUCCUAGGAUAAUUAUUCUUAGAUGUCUGCAUUAAAAGUGUUCUCAGGCCUUAGCAACUCCUAUAUGAAUACUUGCUUUUAUUCCUUUCCUGUUUUCUAUUCCAGAAGACGAUGGAAGGGCUUCAGAGGGGCAGAUACGGAACGAUGGCUGAAGGCAGAGAGGAAGAUAACUGGUUUGCAACAUCCACCUCACUGAGGAUCGUCCUGGUGGGCAAGACGGGCACUGGGAAGAGUGCCACAGGGAACAGCAUUCUCCGCCAGCCAGUGUUUGAGUCCAGGCUGGGGACCCAGCCUGUGACCAAAACCUGCCAGGGCGAGACAGGGACCUGGAACGGAAGGAAACUCCUGGUGGUUGACACGCCCUCCAUCUUUGAGGCAGAGGCUCAGACCCAAGAGAUGUACAAGGACAUCGGGGACUGCUACCUGCUCUCUGCCCCGGGGCCCCAUGUACUGCUGCUGGUGACCCAGCUGGGGCGCUUCACUGCCCAGGACACGGUGGCCGUGAGGAGGGUGAAGGAGGUCUUCGGGGCAGGAGCCAUGAAGCACGUGGUGGUCCUCUUCACCCACAAGGAGGACCUGGACGGCGAGUCCUUGCACGAUUACGUCACACACACGGAAAACCAGAGCCUGAGGAGCCUGGUGGGGGAGUGUGGGAGGAGGUACUGUGGCUUCAACAACAUGGCCACCGGGGAGGAGCAGAAGGCGCAGCUGGUCGAGCUGAUGGCUGUGGUGGGGAGGCUGGAGCGGGAGAAUGAGGGCGCCUUCCACAGCAAUGACCUCUUCUUUGAAGCCCAGAGGCUGCGGCGAGGGGGCGGCUGUGCCCGCGGGGAAGAGCACAGGCGCUACCUGGACAGGGUGCGGGCGCAGCUGGGAAAGCAAAGGCGACACCUGAGAGACCCCAGGAGUAAGUGGGCCUGCGGGGCGCUGCUCAGAGUCACAAGAGGGAUGUUUUCUUGCAGUGGGGUAACUGUUGUCCUCAUUAUAUGCAUUUUGAUUUUUCUUGCCGCUUUAAUUAACUUGUGUGUUACUCAUGGACACUGAGCAUUUUCAGUGAUUUCUGCAAUCAGCUGACUUAUCUUUUCAGAGUCGCCAUGUCUGUGUCAGAUUCUUUGUUUUUUACAUGAUUUCACGUUCUUUUGCUCUUCGUCACAUCAGACAUACUGUCCGUCUUCUUCAAGUGCUCUUAGGUCAAUAAAAUCCAAAGGAAAAACUA